GCCUCGUCGAGGAAGUUCGGUGGAGCGACCCCCCCCCCCCCAUGUAAGGAGGCGCCCCAGAGAAGAGGGGCGUUGCCGGGCCCUCCGCUUGAAACCCAAGAGGGCUCUUUAAGAGGAAGCGGGGCGGAGGCGGCCGGGCCCGCCCCGGGCCACCUGAGGGGACGAGGAGGAAGCAGGAAGUCUCGGAAGAGUUUGCAAAGUUUCCAGGAGCGACUGCCGGAGGCGAGCCAGCAGGAGACGGCCGCAUGGAGGCCGGCAGAAGUGGUCCCGGGAUGGCCAACAACCAGGUGAAGAACCUGCAGAAUGAAGUGGAAGGUGUAAAGAAUAUCAUGACACAGAAUGUGGAGCGGAUUCUGGCACGGGGGGAGAAUCUUGACCACCUACGCAACAAGACAGAGGAUCUGGAGGCUACGUCGGAACAUUUCAAGACUACCUCGCAGAAGGUGGCGCGCAAAUACUGGUGGAAGAACGCCAAGAUGAUCGCCAUAAUCUGUGUCAUCGUUGCUAUCAUCGUCAUUCUGAUUAUCCUCUUUGCUACUGGCACUAUCAAAACUUAAGCCUUCUUCCUGCCCUUGGAUGUUCUCUGUGUCUUACAUACCACUUUCUCCCUUACUAGCUGAAACUUCUAACUGAACCAUUUGGCCAAGCACUGCCAUCAAAAGGGCUUUGGGCAGUCCCCAAGGAUACCAUCUCUCACUUGCUUCCUACAUUAUGCAGAGGGGUAUCCCAUCACACUCCUUGCUGCCCUGCUGUUCCUUUCCUUGGCCUCACAAUAUUAACAAUCUGUUAGGCAGGAAUUACAUCUCCUGCCCACAGCCUAGGUUUUCAGAGCUUCUUGGGCCUCACUGAACCAUUGGCUACAGAUUUGGGGGGGGGGGGGUUGGUGCAAGCUGUAAUUCUUGAUGCAGAUCUGUGUCAAGCAAUUUUCUCCCUCUGCCACUCCCCUUCUUCCUGGGCAUAUCUGAGUUUUGAUUCUGUGGAUUAUAAUCUAUCCUUGUCCCUUACCAGAAAGCCUAUGUGUAGCUCGAAUAUCCUAAAUUGUGUGUGUAUCCGGGUGGGGGUGGGUGGGUACGUGUAUAGAGUUUUUGUAAUUAUGGUAUCAUGGAGUGGGGGAGGAUUUCUCUCUUUCAAAAAUAAAAUGGGAGGGUGUUACUGAUACUUGUCUUGUGUUGUAGUCCCCUAUGAACACUUAGGAGGGGACUUGGGCUGCUUUAAAAAUAGGGGAAGAUGGUUUUUUUUUCUCUUUUUCUUAAAGGUGUUUUGAAUUCCUUCUUCUUCCUGAGCUGCAUAUAGUUUUGGACCUUGAUCCCUAAGUAUGAAAAGAACAGGUUUUUCUCCCAAUGUUGCAACUGCUAUGGGAGAAAGGUGUUUUUUUUUGAGCACUCCUCUUUGUUUUCCAGUUCUUCUUCCCCUCUCAGGAAAUCUUGUGUUUCCUUUAACUUAUAUUUUUACCAAGAUUGUUUUCCCUGACCGGUCUUUUCCCAUCCUUUAGGAACCUCCAUAAAAAUGGUCCCCUCUCCUCACCAGCAAAGAUUUGGUAGCUGUAAUAAAUGUAUUUAUAAGUCACUGGCUAAUACAGAGUUCUGUCCAGAAUUUGCAUCUGACUUUGAUUUUGUCGAAUUAAAUCUAAUAAGAAUA